AUGGCUGUUUCCACCUCUCUCUUUGUUCUCCUCUCCUUCAUAUCUUCUGGCCUCUCUGGAGUAUCUAUGGUCUAUUUUGUUCUAUUUCUGCUGGAUUGGGUUCCUCAUAGCUUCUCCUCUGUUAGUCGUGUUGGAGUACUGAGUCCAGUUAUAGUUUCAUGGUCUCCAUUACUCAAUAACUUAGUACUGGUCUCUCUCUUCUGCCUCUUUCACAGUCUACUAGCAAGACCCAGUAUCAAGGCAGCCAUUAAUUCAACUCUGGGUACAGUUGAUAAACAAUUCUCUACGAUAUUUGCAAUCACAGCUUCAGUCCUUCUACUGCUCAUCUCUUUAUGCUGGCAGCCAAUGACUCACAUCACAUUAUGGUCUGUGGAAAGAUGGCCUCUACUCCAAGCUAUUGUUAAAAGUGUCUGUGUCCUCAGUUGGCUGCUAGGCGGGUUAGCUGUGCUCUCCAUUAACAGGUUUCAGCUGUGCGGAGGCGAAAUAAUGGCAGAGUUCUUGUUUGGGGAACAGAAGUGGUUUCGUGUCCAGGGAGGUCUCGUCACUAGUGGAGUGUAUGGUUUAGUGCGUCAUCCUGCCAUGUUCUUCCUAAUCCUGGGUCUGUGGAUAACACCAGUCAUGAGCAUUGGUCACCUACUCAUUGCUGUCUUUAUGACAGCGUAUGUGACACUUGCUGUACAUUAUUUUGAAGAGCCGCAACUUAUCAAAGAGUUUGGAGAUAAUUAUAAGACGUAUAUGAAGAAAGUCCCUUAUCAAGUGAUUCCAUGCAUAAAAUAA